UCAGCAUGGCCGCCCUUCAAGAGUACUGAAAAAAUCACAAAGGCCAUCAAGCACAGGGUAGCUCCGGGGCCAAACUGGCUUCGAUACAGGUGCAGAGUGCUUUCCUAUGCAGACACAUACGAGGAAGCGAAGAAGAAAGAGAGGAAGGCUGAAGAAAUGUCGGACCUCACAACUGAUGAAGAGACUGCCCAGAAACGAACAAAGAGGAUGCCCCAACGGCUGCUGUCGUCCUCAGAGGAUGAUACCACAGAAGAAGUGGAAAUUGAUGACUUCAGUGAUACCGUGGCUGGAGGAUCAACUGCUGCCUUCGUCAGACCUCCACCGCCAAGAAAGCUUGCGUGUCGAGACCUUCAGCCUACUCCACCACAAGCUGCAUACCGUGAAAAGCUGACAUCACAGCCGGCAUCACAACUGCAUGUUGCCCGCAGAGAUGAUCCUCAUGAUGAGUGCAGAGCAUUGCAGAUCAAAGUGUUGGACCUUUUGGAACGUGUGUCAACGAAGCUGGAUGACCAGAUGAAGAUUCUGAAGCAUUUGCGCACGGAUCCUACUUCAUCAGUUUCUCGGGAUACUGAGGCUUUAAUUGCGCUUCUUCCUGUGACCUCUCAAACAGCACUUCGGGAGCUGGAGCGUUUGCUGGAGUGCUCCCAGAAAAAAAACUGCGCUGACCAUGCAACUUUCUUUAAUUGGCGGUUCGUCACUAAAGGAUGCUGUGCGCCACAUCAUCAAUCGGUGCGUGGAUGACAACAUUGCCAGCUGCUACUCCAUGACGGGCAGAAAGGGGAAGUUGCCAUUUUUUUUUAUUUAGGCUGCUGUCUGUCAUUAUUGGAGCACUCCGCAAGUCCUUCCCCUCGGCAACAGACGUGUCCAUAAACGGCCUUAUUGCUGAUUGGUUGAGGCACGCCCCAACUCGUAUAAAGAGACGGCGCCAUGAAGACGACCCAGCGGCAUAGAGCCCACCUCAGUCCAAGCAUACAAGCAAGCUGGUGUUCAUACUGUUUUGCCAC